CUCAGGAAAGGAGCUUAUCAAGGCAUCAAGCUCAUUGAUGAACUCUUGAUGAGCAAUGGAACGCAAAUGGAUACCAUGAGGUAUGCGCGUGAUCAGAAAAUAGCUGACUGCCAGUCACCUGAUACAUUCUGCUCUCAUUCAGUCCCACAACACAGUAGAAGUCUCAUUCAAAUUUCUAUAGAUGGUUGACAUCUAGUGGAAGCCCUCGGACAUGCAACAUGAACAUACACAAGGGACCUUGUGAAGAUGCUGGAGGAAACUGGUACAAAAGUAUCUAUAUCCACAGUAAAACGAGUCCUAUUCAAAUUUCUAUAGAAGGUUGACAUCUAGUGGAAGCCCUUGGAAGUGCAACAUCAUUAAUAUCUCAAGGGGAUUUCAAUGGGAACUGUGGUGAAUUCAUACCAAGCUCAGAUUUCUCACUUCCUAUUUUGAGUUCUGUUAUACUCACAGACAUCAUUCAAAGUGUUUUCUAUCCAAUAAUAAUAAUAAUGAUAUGCAUAUAUUUGCAACUGAGACUGAGCAGCAGGCCGUUUACUUUGGGCACCUUAUUCAUCCAAGCUACUCAAUACUGCCCCCCAGCCAUAAGAAAUUAACUACCCUGGUAACCUGAACCAGGUUGCAGGCGCUAGUUACAGUUUGAAGAUUAUGUGGGGAACUUGUUGAAAGCCAGCCUAUAUUGAAAUCACCCAGAAAAUAUACCUCUCUGUUGAUAUCACAUACAUUAUCAAGCCAGAUUGCAAGAUGGCGCCGACAGACAUGGCAGCUCUGCUUCUAGCUCCUAAGCAACUCUGCAGUAUUUAGUUUUUUUGUGUGCUAUUUCUUAUUUUAUUAGCCUAGAACUUUUUUUGUGUCAUUUCAUACAGCCGGAAAAAACUUUUGCAUAUCAGAGAGGCGGUAAAUCAUCAGCAUUACGAUCAGGAAUUUCCCAAAUUGGAUCCUUUAUUUGUAACCCAGGGUAAUUGAACUUAUCCCAGAGGCUGCAACAAGAAGAUGCCGAGGGUGAAGAGGUAUUCGGAGUGGACUUCUAGUUCGACUCAGGAGGCUUGCAAACCAUUCCCUGCUUCCGAGUAUUUUACCUCCUAAUGUUCAGUCUCUGAACAAUAAAGUAGACGAGCUCAGGGCGAGGAUCUCCUUUCAGGGAGACAUCAGGGACCAUAAGAUACUCUGUUUCACAGAAUCAUUGCUCUCUCUGGAUAUACUGUCCCCGUCCAUACAGCCAGCUGGGUUCUCAGUACAUUGCGCAUACAGGGUAAAAUAACUCUCCGGGAAGAAGAAAUGCAGUGGUGUAUGUUUCAUGAUUUACUACUCAUGGUAUGAUUCUGAUAAUGUAGAAAAAGUAAUUUUGUUCACCCGACCUAGUAUACCUCACAAUAAAAUGCAGACCGUAUUACCUCCCAAGAUAAUUAUCUUCGGUUAUAGUCACAGCCGUGAAUAUUCCCAAUCAAGCCGAUACCAUGAUGGCCCUAAAGGAACUACACAAGACUUUUUGCAAACUGGAAACCACAUGUCCUGAGGCCGCAUUUAUUGUAGCUGGGGAUUUUACGAAUGCAAAUUUGAGGAAAACGCAACCGAAGUUCUUUCAACAUACUGACUGUAGUACUUUCGCUGCUAAAACGCUCAACCACUGUUAUUCUCCCUUAUGGGAUGCCUACAAGGCCCUCCCCCAACCUCCCUUAACCCUCUCUGGGAUAUGUGGGAUGCUAGCGUCCCACCUGGCCAAAAGCCAGUGAAAAUGCAGAGCGCCAAAUUCAAAUCUAACUUUCAUGAAAUCACACAUGCAAGAUAGCAAAUUAAAGCUUCACUUGAUGUGAAUCCAGCCAACAUGUCAAAUUUCAAAAAGGCUUCUCGGCGAAAGCAAACAAUGUUAUUAUCUGAGGAUAGCACCCCAGUAAACAAAGAGAGAGAAGCAUAUUUCAACCCUGCAGGCGCGACACAAAACGCAGAAAUAAAAAUAUAAUUCAUGCCUUACCUUUGACGAGCUUCUUUUGUUGGCACUCCAAUAUGUCCCAUAAACAUCACAAAUGGUCCUUUUGUUCAAUUAAUUCCGUCGAUAUAUAUCCAACAUGUCAAUUUAUUUGGCACGUUUGAUCCAGAAAAACACAGGUUCCAACUUGAUCUUACUGCAGUUCAUUUUUAUGGAUUUGAUUAAUUAGCUGAUUAGUUCAUUUAGGUCUUAUAUCGUCUCCCUUCUGUCCCCCAGGAUCAGGGUUCAAUGUGUUUGUUUAUUUCCAACUUGCUGAAGUCUUCAUUCUGCUGACAAUCUGUCUGGGAUCAUACUGGUUUUACAAGAAGAAAUCCUGUCCUCAAGAACAAGAUGAUGGUGAGUAAGCAGAGUGUUUGCAGUGUCUCAGGUUGAUCACGGUGGGACUCUAAGAGGGGUGUUGAUGUCAUGAAAGUUGCCAUGGAGACCACGACUAAUGAUGAUGUUAUACUGCUUAUUGCUGUUUUACUCUUAACUCUUAGAGCCCCCCAUCCCGGAUCCGGGAUCGUGACUACGGCUCAAGCUCAUUACCAUAACGCACAAUGCGAAAAAAUAUUCCUAAAAAUAUUUAACCUCCACACAUUAACAAGUCCAAUAGCUCAAAUGAAAGAUAAACAUCUUGUUAAUCUACCCAGCAAGUCAGAUUUCUAAAAUGUUUUACGGCGAAAACAUAGCACAUAUUUAUAUUAGAUCACCACCGAAACAAAAGGCAAGCGGCGGCCAUUUUGUCCCAGAAAAAAAAUAAAAUUUAAAAGUAGGAUUAAAAAAUAAAUAAUUCACUAACCUUUUGAAAAUCUUCAUCAGAUGACAGUAAUAUUACAUGUUACACAGUACAUUUAAUUUUUUUUCAAUAAUAUGCCAUUUAUAUCCAUAAAUCUCGGUUGACGACAUUUAAAAAAAAAACAUGCUACUCAAAUGUCCGGAGAAAUGAUGAUAGCUCCGACAGAUAACGUCAGAUAACAAACAAUAAACAUGACUAAAUAUACAUGUUCUACAUAUAUUUACAAAGGUACACUUCUUCUUAAUGCAACCGCUGUAUUACAUUUAUUUUUAACGUUACAGACAUCGUUCACAGGGCUAUACUAUGAGUCGGCGCUCAGAUAUUAGCAUAUGUCUCCUCUACGUUUGGAGUCCACAGAAACCCAAAAUAACCACAUAAAUAUUCCCUUACCUUUGAUGUUCUUCCAUCAGAAGACGUAGAAGGAGUCAUACUUACCCAAUAAAUCGUUUGGUUUCACGUUGUGUGUCCAUGUAUUAGCAUAUGCUAACAGCUUCAGCUGAAAUGCAUCAAAAAUGACUUCUGGUCCAGCACUCUUGCGCAUUAAAACUUCCAAUUUACAUAUUAUAUGUCGAUUAAACUGGUCAAACGAUGUGCAAAUUCGAGCUUUAUGAUGUUUUUAGCAUGUAGAACAAAGGACAGCGCUAACAGACAAACCGGCUUCAAAUGCUGGAUCUUGGAAAAAGAACGUAAUGCAAAUCGGCCGUGCGCAAUAGAGUGCAUGAUUUUCAGAGGGACACGAGCAAUUUCGCACGCCAAAGGUGCAGGGCUCUGUGGGAUUCUCACAAUGAACGUGCCAUUUGAAAGCAGGCAGGGCGCUGAACAGAUAGAGACUGUUCUUGGAGCGAGCUGCCUGGGAGGGUGGGGGCCAUGACGUCAAAGUUGACCCAACUUUUCUCUUGACAAGAGAGAGUUUGGGAGAAAGGCUGCCCUGAGAGUUCUGCUUUACAUACAGACAUAAUUUAAACGGUUUUAGAAACGUUAGAGUGUUUUCUAUUCAAUAAUAAUUUUUAUAUGCAUAUAUUAGCAAUUUUGGGAAAAAAUAUUUUCAGUUUACUAUGGGUACGCACUUUCUCCAACAGGGGCAGUAUAGAGGGAGAGUUCUAAGAGGUUAAUCAAGCUCAAACUCAAAGCACAGUCACGUAUUUAGUUCUUUUGAAUUACGUCUUCAUAGUUUCAUAAUGUUCCUUCAGACCUGCCCUUAACAAAGUUAUAAUGAAUGAUCUAUGCGAUGGUAUUUAUUUAAUGGAUUUUAACUCUUGAAUUGUAGUGUUUUAGGGGUUUUUCAUUUGUAUAUACAGUUUUUUAUAAACUAAUGAAAACGCUAUUGUGUUUUUGAAAAUACAUUUUCUUUCGUAUUCGAAUGUGACCUAAGGCCUUCACAAACAGAUUUUUAUUUUGCGAUAGCAAAUAUGUAGAGUUCAAAAGGUACCUGCACUCAAAACUAUGAAAAGGAAUGCAAAAAUAAUGCACUUAAUUUAAUCAAUGCUCAAAAGAAUACAAAAAGGUUCUAGGAAACAAAAACAGAGGAUGCAUUUUGACCACAUGUUUUUAUUAGUGCUGGGGAACUGUAACAGACACUUCCAUUCUUACUGUAACUUCAUCAUGUUUUGAUUUGAUGUGGUAUUUGUGCGAUUUUGAAUGCAUUGAAAUAAAAUCAAGCUACUUACUAUUCUGGACCUUCAGAAUGGCACCAAAGGAGAUGACUGUCGUUUUACGAUCCCAUAACCAAUUGUGCUAUUAUGUAUGUUUUUUCGCGUUAUUUUGAACAUAAUGUUUCUGCCAUUGUGUCUUAUGACCGAAAAAAGCUUCUAGAUGUCAGAACAGCGAUUUCUCACCCCAUGCUGGAGGAAUACUUUUUCUUCAACGAGAAGGACGGGAUGGAUUUAUUUCAGACGCCUGACAAGACCCUCAUCCCCGUCAUUCACAGGAGAAAGAGACAGGGGUAUUGGGGACGAAGGUCUGGGUGCCUUGUAAGGAGGGUAGUCUACCUUUACCAUCGGUCCUAUUAGCCAACAUACAAUCAAUCGAUAAUAAAAUAGACAAACUGCGAUCAUGUAUAUCCACCAACCGGACUGUCACGAUGUAUAAUGAUAGGAGACAGGUGCAGGAAUACGAAAUAGCGUUUUUCUAUUUCUCCAACCAAAAUAGCGUACGUCAUGAACAUGAUGAGGACGAAGCCCAAAACAAACAUGUACAUAUAUAACACAGGGCUGUAACCCAAACAAAGAGUGAGGUGUAACCCUCUAAUAAAUACACUGGACGAGACCCGUAAUAACAAUACACAGGAAGAGACCUGUAAUAACAAGUGCACACUAACACGGUAACACGCAAGCCGAUACAAGAGAGCACACAGGUACUCACAAGACCAACGGACAUGGAACAAUAAUCAGCAAGGACAAUGGGGAACAGAGGGCACAUAUAUACACAUACUAAUCAGGGAGAAUGUGCGUAAUGAGACAAGACAGUCCUGGGUUUUGGGUAAUCAUCCAGUUCAGUGACGCCUAGAAUUGAGCAGCAGUACCGGGGGAAUACGUGACAGGGACAUACAUUUUUUUAAUAUCUUAUGUUUCAUCCGAGUCGUGGGUGAACGACGACAUGAAUAACAUACAGCUUUCAAGCUUUUUCGAUAGGAUAGAACAGCGACCUCUGGUAAGACAAGGGGUGGCGGUCUAUGCAUAUUUGUAAACAACAGCUGGUGCACGAAAUCUAAGGAAGUCUCGAGAUCUUACUCGCCUGAGGUAGAGUAUCUCAUCAUAAGCUGUAGACCACACUAUUUACCAAGAGAGUUUUCAUCUGUAUUUUUCGUAGCUCUCUAUAUACCAUCACAAACCGAAGCUGGCACUAAAACUGCACUCAAUGAGCUGUAUACGGCCAUAAGCAAACAGGAAAAUGCUCAUCCAGAGGCGGUGCUCCUAGUGGCCGGGGACAUUAAUGCAGGGAAACUCAAAUCCGUUUGGUCUCAUUUCUACCAGUAUGUUAAAUGUGCAACCAGAUGGAAAACAACUCUACACCACAUUUACUCCAAACACAGGGACACGUACAAAGUUCUCCCUCGUCCUCCAUUUGGCAAAUCUGACCUUAAUUCUAUCCUCCUGAUUCCUGCUUACAAGCAAAAACAAAAGCAAGAAGCAUCAGUGACUCGGUCAAUUAGAAAGUGUUCAGAUGAAGCAGAUUCUAAGCUAGAGGACUGUUUUGCUAGCACAGACUGGAAUAUGUUUCUGGGAUUCUUCCGAUGACAUUGAGGAGUACACCACAUCAGUCACUGGCUUCAUCAAUAAGUGCAUCGAUGACGUCGUCCCCACAGUGACUGUACGUACAUACCCCAACCUGAAGCCAUGGAAUACAGGCAACAUCCACACUGAGCUAAAGGGUAGAACUGCUGCUUUCAAGGAGCGGGACUCUAACCCAGAAGCUUUUAAAAAAUCUCGCUAUGCCCUCCGACAAACCAUUAAAAUGGCAAAGCGUCAAUACAGGACUAAGAUUGGAUCGUACUGCACUGGCUCUGAUGCUCGCAGGAUGUGGCAGGGCUUGCAAACUAAUACAGACUACAAAGGGAAGCACAGCCGUGAGCUGCCCAGUGACACGAGCCUACCAGACGAUCUAUAAUAUUUAUAUGCUUGCUUCGAGGAAAGUAACAUUGAAGAAUGCAUGAGAGCUGUUCCGUAGGACUGGCUCAAACGCAAUAGGAAAGAAAGAAACUCCACAAAUUAACUUUUAACAAGGCACAUUUGUUAAUUGGGAAAGGGGUACCGCUAGUGCCCGGCCUCGACAACAUCCGGUGAAAUUGCAGAGCGCGAAAGUCAAAAUACAAAAGUAGUAAUAUUAAAAAUGAAUGAAAACACUGUAGUUUUAAACACCAUUCUUUAGCUUCGAAUCUUGGUAAUCGAACCACUUUGUCCGAUUUACAAAAGGCUUUACGGCAAAAGCAUAGCAUUUGAUCGUCUGAGGACAGCGCCUCACUCAGUUCCUGCAUUAACAUAAAUUCAUAACCUGCACAGGUGUCACAAAACUCAAAAACAGCGAUAAAAUAAAUCACUUACCAUUGAAGAUCUUCAUCUUUUUGCAAUCCAAAGGGUCCCAGUUACACAAUAAUGGUCUCUUUGUUCAAUAAAGUCCUUCUUUAUUUCCAUUUAUUUGGCGCGUUUGAUUCAGAAAUACACCUGUUCCAACUCGCCCAACAUGCCUACAAAGGAAUCUAAAAAGUUACCGGUAAACUUUGUCCAAACAAUUCAAACAAUGUUUCUAAUCCAACUUCAGGUACCCUAAUUUGUAAAUAAUCAAUCGAAAUUCACCCAAUUUAUUGUGGGAAGCUUGUGGAAUGCUACCCGAAACGUUUGACCCAAGUUAAACCAUUUAAAGGCAAUGCUACCAAAUACUAAUUGAGUGUAUGUAAACUUCUGACCCACUGAGAAUGUGAUGAAAGAAAUAAAAGCUGAAAUAAAUCAUUCUCUCUACUAUUAUUCUGACAUUUCACAUUCUUAAAAUGAAGUGGUGAUCCUAACUGACCUAAAACAGGGAUUUUUUUAAUAGGAUUAAAUGUCAAGAAUUGUGAAAAACUGAGUUUAAAUGUAUUUGGCUAAGGUGUAUGUAAACUGGGUAUCUACAAGGCCAUGAAUAGGCAGCGCUGUUGAUUGGCAUUUCCCUGAUAACUCUAUUGAAGACACAUUUUAAAUGAAGAAGUUAGACAUAACAUUUGUGUCAUUGCUAAUUAUUUUCUCACAGGGAGUAGUUAUUUUAGAUUAGCUGAAUGUUUACUGAGGUUUGUACUUAAAUAGGACAACCCAUAUGUAUGAGAGCUGUUUUGGUAUCUUCCCUGUAUAAAGGGGGUGGGCACAAGGGGCGGUCGGCCGAGGAGAGAGCCAGAGACCGUCUGAGCAGUUUGAGGAGGGAUAUCGGAGGGGGAUGUUGGUUAGGAGUAUUCUGCAGUGCAGGCGUCCUGAAGAGCGUGUCAUCAGUCCGGUGAAACCUGUGCCGGCUCCACGCACCAGGCCUCCAGUGCGCGUUCCCAGCUUGGUACAUCCUGUGUCGGCUCCCUGCACUCGCCCUGAGAAAUGUGUCAUCAGUCCGGUGAAACAUGUGCCGGCACCACACGCCAGGCCUCCAGUUCGCCUUCCCAGCCCGGUACGUCCUGUGCCGGCUCCCCACACUCGCCCCGAAGAGCGUGUCACCACUCCAUUGCAACCUGUGCCGGCUCCAUGCACCAGGCCUACAGUGCGCCUUCCCAGCCUGGUACGUCCUGUGCCAUCUCCCCGCACCAGGCCGCCAGUGCGCUUCCCAAGCCCAGUAUGUCUGGUGCCGGCUCCCCACACCAGGGCUCCAGUGCGCCUCCACAGCCCGGUACGUCCAGUGCCGGCACCCCGCACUCGGUGUACAGUCCGGAGUCUCCAGCGACGGUCUACGGUCCGGAGCCUCCACAGACGGUCCACGGUCCGGAGACUCCAGUGACGGUCUACAGCCCGGAACCUCCAGCAACGGUUCACAGUCCAGAGCUUCCAGCGACUGUUCACAGUCCAGAGCAUCCAGCGACGGUUCACGGUUCACAGCUUCCAGUGACGGUCCACGGUCCACUGCUUCCAGUGACGGUCCACGGCCCGGAGCUUCCUGCGUCGGUGCCAUGGCCGGAGCCUGCCCAGUCCGGCCACGGCGUCCAGUCCCGCUCCACGGCCGGAGCAUUCCUCUGCACCGGUGCUCAGUUCGUGCACGGCGUCCAGUCCCGCUCCAUGGCCGGAGCCUGCUCAGUUCCGGCACGGCGUCCAGUCCCGCUCCAUGGCCGGAGCCUUCCUAUGCGCCGGUGCGCAGUGUUUCCCUGACACCAACUCAGUCAGUGCUCAACUGCUAGAUGAACUUAAUGCACUCCUCCAAGGAGGAACAACCAUCCCUGGUGCAAGAAAGGUUGAGAAACACUGUUACACCACACAGGUCAUGUGUUCACUCCGUGGUGGAAAAAGUACCAAAUUGUCACACUUGAGUAAAUGUAAAAUACCUUCAUAGAAAAUGACUCAAUAAAAGUGAAAGUCACCCAGCAAAAUACUACUUGAGUAAAAGUCUAAGUAUUUGGCUUUAAAUAUCCUGUAAAUGUAAUUGCAAAAAUAUACUGAAGUAUCAAAAGUAUGAAUAAUGUCCUAUUCCUUAUAUUAAGCAAACCAGACAGCACCAUUUCUUUUCUUAAAUUUUUUAAAGAUUGUGUCCAACAAUCAGACAUAAUUUCCAAAUGAAGCAUUUGUGUUUAGUGAGUCUUCCAGAUCAGAGGCAGUAGGAAUGACUAGGGAUGUUAUCUUGUUAAGUGUGUGAAUUGGACCAUUUUCCUGUCCAGCUAAAGCAUUCAAAAUGUAAUGAGUACAUUUGGGGAAAAGUAUGGAGUAAAAAGUAUUUUCUUGUUGUCAAAAAUAUAAAUAGUAAAGUACAGAUACCCCAAAACAUUACACCACUGUGUUGACUGUGAGCGUUCUAAUUUUAUAUAACUAGGCAAGUCAGUUAAGAACAAAUUCUUAUUUACAAUGACCUAGGAACAGUGGAUUAACUGCCUUGUUCAGGGGCAGAAUGCGAGGAAUCAAUCUAGCAACCUUUCGGUUACUGACCCAAUGCUCUAACCACCGGUAGCCACCUGCAGCCCUGAGGUGGAAAUACAUUUAUUCCCCAAAAAAUCAAGUUGUGUUUUAAUAGACCUUUUGUUUGUGAACUUAAAUUAACGUUGAGGGCCACAGAAAAUGUUACGGCAGGUCAGAUAUGUUCCCCUGGAUGCUAUUGUUAAUGAAGGGAUGAUAUGUUUGCCUGGUUCCAUUCUGUAUAUGCUCUGUAGCCACCUCUUCUGUCAUUGUACUGCUAUCAUUGUGGGGCCACCGACCUUUCAGUUACUGGGCCAAUGCUCUGACCUCAAGGCUACCUGGUGUCAGAGAAGGCUACUUUGUUGUUUUUUUGUUUAUGCAACAUAUGAUGUAAUGUAUAAUAACUGAUUCCAAUAAUGUAUAGAUGUCAUGAAUUAUAGAUGACGCCAAUAGAAAAUGUGUUUGACUGUGAUUUUUGUUUGUUGAUUGGUUCACUGUGGAGUGACACUUUAAUAACUGUUUCUAACUAACUUUAACUCUAAAUGAGACAUAUGGAAUGGCAAAGGAGAAACACAGAGAGGAGUUGACUACACACCACAAACAGACUGGACCAUCUAUAUGCCACUACUGGGCAAUACAGGGCAAUACCAUAAUGACUAUCAUAAAUACUAUGUCAUAAAGAGAAUGUAUACCACCAGAAACAGGAUAGUACUGUCAGCUGCAUUUGUGUUCUGAACAUGUAUUAAUUUAGGUGAAAAAGCAUUUUUUUUAAUAAAAAGCAAUUAAAAGGAA